CAAAGAUCCGUAUGAAUAAUUUUUUGAGCUGUUCUUGAUCAUUGGUUAUAGCAUCCUAACGGCAGCCCUGAUUUUCAUUUGAUCGGGCAUGUUCUAGUGUUGUUGAGAGUAUAACCAGGUGCAGAAUAAGCAGACAGAAAGAUUUCAUAGCAGGUUACUGUGAUUCGGUUCGCUUUGCGGGUGACGGAAAACGGUAAUGGUGGUUGUGACCACGUGUUCUUGAUCGGUAUAAAACUCUCUCGGAACAAGCUUGAUCAACAAAAUUUGGGGUUGUCCAAACGAAGAAUAUAAUGGCGUUGGUACCAAGAGAAGGAGGUUCGAUGGCGUUUCAAGUUUCGACCUUGACCCGGACGAAUUUUCGGUGUGGGCUAUCAGGGUGAGGACGAUCAUGGAUGCAUAUGACUUAUGGCUUGUUAUUGGCAAGUGAAGAAAAGUUUUACGGUUGUAAGCAUUGUGGCAACGGAGGUUCAAGUCGGGGUGACUUUGGACGUGGCCGGGGAAGAGGUCGUGGGUCUGACAGGAGUCAAGACUGUAAUGAACGUGUCCGGAACAAAAGUCAUGUUACAUGUUGCAAGUGUCGGGAACUUGGUCACUAUAUCAAGUUAUCAACUAGUGUCCUAAGUUGGGAAAGCAAGAAGUGUACUUGAUGGAAGAGGAACGGACACUACUGUAUUUAAAGAGAUGAUUGUUGGAUUUAAUCGGUCGUGGGUCUUACAUAUCAUUUGAAGUCCAUUAACCAUCACCCUCACUGCCCCUCUCACAUUAAGGCGCCAUCCCCUGUCUGACUCCUCCUCCUUCCUCUCAAGGCUCAAACCCACCACCAAAACCGCCAGAGCUGUCUCCGUUGCCGCCCUUCCGUGCGGCAUUUUCAGUUUCAACCUUUCCCCCGCCAGUCCAAUGACUACAGUCACGCUACCCUCCUCCACGCCCCUAACCUCCGUGUCCUACGACCUCAGCUCCUGGAGCGCUACCUCUCCGCCCAGAACUUCCGGCAAGCGGACGAGGAGACCCGCCGGCGACGCCGUACAGGAGCGCGGCUACGUGUUCUUCUCGGAUGUCCAGUUCAUCUCGGACUCCGACCUCUGGAAAAUCGACUCCCUCUGGCGGAAACACAGCAAUGACAGAUUUGGGUAUAGCGUGCAGAGGAGAAUCUGGAAGAAGGUGAACGGAGACUUCACGGAUCUGCUCAAGAAGAUCGGGUGGAUGAAGAAGCUGGACACGGAGAUUGAACAGUACAAUUACCGGGCGUUUCCCGACGAGUUCAAUUUGGAGCUCGGCGACAAGGUGCCGGAGGGGCAUUUGUCGUUGACUAACACGCUGAGAGGGGUCCAGCUUCUGAGCUACAUUCUGAAGCACCCGGCUUUAGAGGAGGAAGAAGAAGAAGGCAAUAAUUUGGGGAAACGGAAGAGUAGUGUAAAUUCUGUGAAGGAGGGAUGGGUUUGGGCCUGUGGGGUUGAAGAAGAUAUCCUAUCCUAUACCUAAAAGUACAGCACCGGAAAGAGAGAAUUCUCCCGCCUAAGCAUUUCUCGUUUAUCCUAUACCUAAAAGCACUACAAUGGAGAGAGAAAAUUCUCUCGCCUAAGCAUUGUCCACCUAUAAUCCUAAAAUGUAAUUUCAAUUUCCGCAACAAAAAUUAUCUAUCAUCAUAUACCUAAAAGCACCACAUUGGAGAGAGAAAAUUCUCCCGCCUAAGCAUUCCCCCCUAUAAUCCUGAAAUGUAAUUUCAUUUUCCGUAAAAAAAAAUUAUUAUCCUAUACCUAAAAGCAUUACACUGGAGAGAGAAAAUUCUCCCGCCUAAGCAUUCUCCACCUAUAAUCGUAAAAUGUAAUUUCACUUUCCGCAAAAAAAAAAAAAAAUCAGCAUCAUCCUAUACCUAAAAGCACUACACUGGAGAGAGAAAAUUCUCCCUCCUAAGCAUUCUCC